GUCGCCGCCGCUGCAGCAAAAAUAUAAAGGACGCGGCUAGCGCAGCCGCUGGGCAGCCGGGUGCCGGGCGCUGGAGCCGCACCCCACCGCCGCCAGCUCCCGACCCGCGUACGAACUAAUGGCUGAAGACUAAAUCAACAUGGCGACUAUGGUUCCACCAGUGAAACUGAAAUGGCUUGAACAUCUCAACAGCUCCUGGAUCACAGAGGACAGUGAAUCUAUUGCUACAAGAGAGGGAGUUACUGUUUUGUAUUCUAAACUGGUCAGCAAUAAGGAAGUAGUACCUUUGCCUCAACAGGUUUUAUGCCUCAAAGGACCACAGUUGCCCGACUUUGAACGUGAGUCUCUUUCAAGUGAUGAGCAGGACCAUUAUUUGGAUGCCCUUCUUAGCAGCCAGCUGGCUCUUGCAAAGAUGGUCUGUUCAGAUUCUCCAUUUGCUGGGGCGCUACGGAAGCGAUUGCUUGUACUGCAGCGUGUCUUCUACGCACUUUCUAACAAGUACCACGACAAAGGCAAAGUGAAGCAGCAGCAGCAUUCUCCGGAGAGCAGCUCUGGUUCAGCAGACGUCCAUUCUGUCAGCGAACGGCCCCGGUCGAGCACUGAUGCACUUAUAGAAAUGGGUGUCCGAACCGGUCUAAGUUUAUUAUUUGCACUUCUGAGACAGAGUUGGAUGAUGCCUGUGUCGGGACCUGGUCUCAGUCUCUGCAACGACGUUAUUCAUACUGCAAUUGAAGUUGUGAGCUCUUUGCCUCCCUUGUCUUUAGCAAACGAAAGCAAGAUUCCUCCUAUGGGCUUGGACUGCUUAUCACAAGUCACAACAUUUCUUAAAGGAGUAACUAUUCCCAAUUCUGGGGCAGAUACUUUAGGUCGUAGAUUAGCUUCUGAGUUGCUGCUUGGCUUAGCAGCUCAGAGAGGCUCUUUGAGAUAUCUUCUUGAGUGGAUAGAAAUGGCUUUGGGGGCUUCAGCAGUUGUACAUACUAUGGAGAAAAACAAACUACUAUCAAGCCAGGAAGGAAUGAUCAGCUUUGACUGCUUUAUGGCUAUAUUAAUGCAGAUGAGGCGUUCAUUGGGUUCGUCUGCUGAUCGGAGCCAGUGGAGAGAACCAACUAGAACAUCUGAAGGCUUAUGUUCACUCUAUGAGGCAGCAUUAUGUCUUUUUGAAGAGGUUUGUAGAAUGGCUUCUGACUACUCGAGAACAUGUGCUAGCCCAGACAGCAUUCAGACUGGCGAUGCUCCCAUCGUCUCUGAAACCUGUGAAGUCUAUGUCUGGGGCAGCAAUAGCAGCCAUCAGUUGGUAGAAGGCACACAGGAGAAAAUUCUACAACCGAAACUGGCUCCCAGCUUCUCUGAUGCUCAGACCAUUGAAGCUGGACAGUAUUGCACUUUUGUCAUUUCUACGGAUGGCUCUGUCAGAGCUUGUGGGAAAGGCAGCUAUGGGAGACUGGGCCUUGGAGAUUCCAAUAAUCAGUCUACUUUAAAAAAGUUAACUUUUGAGCCUCACCGGUCCAUUAAAAAAGUUUCAUCAUCUAAAGGCUCCGAUGGUCACACUUUAGCUUUUACUACAGAAGGUGAAGUCUUCAGCUGGGGAGAUGGUGAUUAUGGGAAACUGGGACAUGGAAAUAGUUCAACCCAGAAAUACCCCAAGCUUAUCCAGGGCCCUCUGCAGGGAAAGGUAGUUGUUUGUGUAUCAGCUGGAUACAGACAUAGUGCUGCUGUCACAGAGGAUGGCGAAUUAUAUACAUGGGGUGAAGGAGACUUCGGAAGAUUAGGUCAUGGAGACAGUAACAGCCGUAACAUUCCAACAUUAGUAAAAGACAUUAGCAAUGUAGGAGAGGUUUCUUGUGGAAGUUCACACACGAUUGCUUUGUCCAAAGAUGGAAGAACUGUGUGGUCUUUUGGAGGAGGAGACAAUGGCAAACUUGGCCAUGGUGAUACCAACAGAGUAUAUAAACCCAAAGUUAUUGAAGCUUUACAGGGAAUGUUUAUUCGCAAAGUUUGUGCCGGGAGCCAGUCUUCACUUGCUUUGACAUCAACGGGGCAGGUCUAUGCUUGGGGUUGUGGGGCUUGUCUAGGUUGUGGUUCUUCAGAAGCUACUGCUUUGAGACCCAAGCUCAUUGAAGAAUUGGCUGCCACAAGAAUAGUUGAUAUUUCUAUUGGAGAUAGUCAUUGUUUGUCUCUUUCUCAUGAUAAUGAAGUUUAUGCCUGGGGCAAUAACUCCAUGGGGCAGUGCGGCCAGGGAAAUUCCACAGGUCCUAUUACUAAACCAAAGAAAGUGAAUGGCUUAGAUGGCAUAGCUAUUCAGCAAAUCUCUGCUGGAACAUCACAUAGUCUAGCAUGGACCGCUCUUCCUAGGGAUAGACAAGUUGUUGCAUGGCACCGGCCUUAUUGUGUAGAUCUUGAGGAGAGUACCUUCUCACAUCUUCGUUCCUUUCUUGAGAGAUACUGUGAUAAAAUAAACAGUGAGAUUCCACCACUGCCUUUCCCUUCAUCAAGGGAACACCAUAAUUUUCUUAAGCUGUGCCUGAAGUUGCUUUCAAAUCACCUAGCUCUGGCCCUUGCGGGAGGGGUAGCUACCAGUAUUCUUGGGAGACAGGCAGGUCCACUUCGAAAUUUACUCUUCAGGCUGAUGGACUCUACCGUUCCAGAUGAAAUCCAAGAGGUGGUAAUUGAAACACUCUCAGUAGGAGCAACCAUGCUGUUACCUCCAUUACGAGAACGGAUGGAGUUACUUCAUUCUCUUUUACCCCAAGGACCUGAUAGAUGGGAAAGCUUAUCCAAAGGACAGAGAAUGCAGCUGGAUAUAAUUUUGACAAGUUUGCAAGAUCAUACCCACGUAGCCUCCCUUCUUGGCUAUAGCUCACCUUCUGAUGCUGCUGACCUUUCGACUGUGUGCAUGGGCUAUGGAAACCUGUCAGAUCAGCCUUAUGGUCCUCAGACUUGCCAUCCAGACACUCAUCUGGCUGAAAUUUUAAUGAAGACCCUCUUAAGAAAUUUAGGGUUUUAUACGGAUCAAGCAUUUGGAGAGCUAGAAAAGAACAGUGAUAAAUACCUUCUUGGAACAUCACCAUCUGAGAACAGUCAGCCUGCUCAUCUCCAUGAACUGCUGUGUUCACUGCAGAAACAACUGCUGGCUUUUUGUCACAUUAAUAACAUUACUGAGAACUCAAGCAGUGUGGCAUUGCUUCAUAAACAUCUUCAGCUCUUGCUGCCUCAUGCUACAGAUAUUUAUUCACGUUCUGCAAAUUUACUUAAAGAAAGUCCUUGGAAUGGCAGUGUUGGAGAAAAGUUAAGAGAUGUGAUCUAUGUGUCAGCUGCAGGCAGUAUGCUCUGCCAGAUUGUUAACUCCCUUCUGUUACUCCCGGUAUCAGUGGCUCGUCCUUUACUGAGCCACCUUCUCGAUCUCUUGCCACCUCUUGAUUGCCUUAAUAGACUCCUGCCAGCAGCUGCUCUUUUAGAAGACCAAGAAUUACAGUGGCCUCUUCAUGGAGGACCAGAAGUAAUUGACCCUGCUGGUGUGCCAUUACCUCAGCCAGCUCAGUCUUGGGUGUGGCUUGUGGAUCUGGAAAGAACUAUUGCUCUUCUCAUUGGGCGAUGUCUUGGUGGCAUGCUUCAGGGCUCCCCUGUAUCUCCAGAGGAACAGGAUACUGCAUAUUGGAUGAAAACACCACUUUUCAGUGACGGUGUGGAAAUGGACACUCCUCAGUUGGAUAAAUGUAUGAGCUGCCUACUAGAAGUAGCUCUUUCAGGAAAUGAAGAGCAGAAGCCUUUUGAUUACAAAUUGCGGCCUGAAAUUGCUGUCUAUGUAGACUUGGCAUUGGGUUGUUCUAAAGAGCCUGCCAGAAGCCUUUGGAUCAGCAUGCAGGAUUAUGCUGUUAGUAAAGAUUGGGACAGUGCAACUUUAAGUAACGAGUCCCUCUUGGACACUGUGUCUAGAUUUGUUCUUGCAGCACUUCUCAAACACACAAACUUACUUAGUCAAGCAUGUGGAGAAAGCCGAUACCAACCUGGUAAAAGCUUAUCAGAAGUGUACCGUUGUGUAUACAAAGUUCGAAGUCGUUUACUUGCUUGCAAGAACCUUGAACUUAUUCAAACCAGGUCAUCAUCACGAGACAGAUGGAUCUCAGACAACCAAGACUCUGCAGAUAUUGAUCCUCAAGAGCAUUCCUUUACCCGGACCAUUGAUGAAGAAGCUGAAAUGGAAGAGCAGGCUGAGAGAGACAGGGAGGAUGGGCAUCCAGAGCCAGAAGAUGAGGAGGAAGAACGGGAACAUGAAGUAAUGACAGCUGGCAACCUUGUUUUUGUGUUGCACGUUACAGAAAUCUUUCAGUGUUUCCUCUCAGCCCGAGAAGUAGCUCGUAGUCGAGAGCGAGAUAGAAUGAGCAGUGGGGCAGGGUCUGGGGCCCGAGCUGAUGACCCACCUCCCCAGUCUCAGCAGGAGCGAAGGGUCAGCACAGACCUUCCCGAGGGGCAGGAUGUGUACACUGCUGCCUGCAACUCUGUGAUCCACCGCUGUGCGCUCCUGAUAUUAGGAGUAAGUCCUGUGAUUGAUGAGCUUCAGAAGCGAAGGGAAGAAGGGCAGUUGCAGCAGCCUUCUGUGAGUGCCUCUGAAGGCAGUGGACUUAUGACCAGGAGUGAAAGUCUCACUGCUGAGAGCCGGCUAGUUCAUGCAAGUCCAAGUUAUAGACUGAUCAAAUCCAGGAGUGAAUCUGAUUUGUCUCAGCCUGAAUCAGAUGAAGAGGGUUAUGCACUGAGUGGCCGACGAAAUGUUGAUUUGGAUUUGGCGUCAUCUCAUAGAAAAAGAGCGUAUUUACUCCUUUUUGGCCAGUUGAGCCCCAGAAAAAAGAAGAGCUUCAAGCAAGUACAUGAUGGUCCUAUGCAUAGUCAGUUGGAAUCUCUGAGUGACUCUUGGACUCGCCUGAAACAUACCAGAGAUUGGUUGUACAACUCCUCUUACUCCUUUGAGUCUGACUUUGACCUUACCAAGUCUUUGGGAGUGCACACAUUGAUUGAAAAUGUUGUAAGUUUUGUGAGUGGAGAUGUGGGGAAUGCCCCAGGUUUUAAGGAGCCGGAAGAAAGUAUGUCUACAAGUCCCCAGGCCUCCAUCAUUGCAAUGGAGCAGCAACAACUAAGGGCAGAACUUCGUUUGGAGGCACUUCACCAGAUCCUCACUCUGUUGUCUGGCAUGGAGGAGAAGGGUAGCAUCUUGCUGACAGGAAGCAGAUCAAGUUCAGGCUUUCAGUCAUCCAAUCUGCUCACAUCUGUGAGGCUGCAGUUUCUAGCAGGGUGUUUUGGUUUAGGCACUGUUGGACACACAGGAACCAAAGGAGAGAGUGGCCGAUUGCAUCACUAUCAAGAUGGGAUCAGAGCAGCUAAAAGAAAUAUUCAGAUUGAAAUCCAGGUGGCUGUCCACAAGAUUUAUCAACAGUUGUCUGCUACUCUAGAGAGGGCCCUUCAAGCAAAUAAGCAUCAUAUUGAAGCCCAGCAACGUCUUCUUUUGGUUACAGUUUUUGCCCUCAGCGUUCAUUAUCAGCCAGUGGAUGUUUCAUUGGCAAUCUCCACUGGUCUGCUGAAUGUAUUGUCACAGUUAUGUGGCACAGACACCAUGUUAGGACAGCCCCUGCAAUUGCUGCCAAAGACUGGUGUUUCCCAGCUUAGCACAGCUUUGAAAGUGGCCAGUACAAGGUUGCUCCAGAUUCUAGCCAUCACUACAGGAACCUAUGCUGAUAAGCUGAGUCCCAAAGUGGUUCAGUCCUUGUUGGAUCUACUCUGUAGUCAGUUGAAGAAUUUGUUGUCCCAAACUGGUGUACUAUUUAUGGCCUCCUUUGGAGAAGAAGAAGGUGAAGAAGAAGAAAAAAAAGUUGACUCCAGUGGAGAAACUGAAAAGAAAGAUUUCAGAGCUGCUCUUAGGAAACAACAUGCAGCUGAACUCCAUCUAGGGGAUUUUUUAGUUUUUCUUCGAAGAGUUGUGUCUUCAAAAGCAAUUCAAUCAAAAAUGGCUUCCCCCAAAUGGACAGAGGUACUUCUAAACAUAGCGUCUCAGAAGUGCUCAUCAGGCAUUCCUCUCGUUGGUAACUUAAGAACGAGGCUUCUUGCACUUCAUGUCCUUGAGGCUGUGCUACCAGCAUGUGAAUCGGGAGUAGAAGAUGACCAAAUGGCCCAGGUUGUUGAACGCUUAUUUUCCCUUCUGUCGGAUUGUAUGUGGGAGACUCCCAUCGCUCAAGCCAAACAUGCUAUUCAAAUAAAGGAAAAAGAACAAGAAAUAAAACUACAGAAGCAAGGAGAGCUGGAGGAAGAAGAUGAAAAUCUCCCCAUACAAGAAGUCUCUUUUGAUCCAGAGAAAGCUCAGUGUUGCAUUGUGGAAAAUGGACAGAUUUUAACUCAUGGCAGUGGAGGAAAAGGAUAUGGAUUGGCGUCAACUGGGGUAACUUCUGGAUGCUAUCAGUGGAAGUUUUAUAUUGUGAAGGAAAAUAGAGGUAAUGAAGGCACAUGCGUUGGAGUUUCUCGCUGGCCAGUACAUGAUUUUAAUCACCGCACUACCUCAGACAUGUGGCUCUAUAGGGCUUACAGUGGUAACCUCUAUCACAAUGGAGAACAGACUCUGACACUUUCCAGCUUUACUCAAGGGGAUUUCAUUACCUGCGUGUUAGACAUGGAAGCCAGGACCAUUUCCUUUGGGAAAAAUGGAGAGGAACCCAAAUUAGCUUUUGAAGAUGUGGAUGCAGCCGAGUUGUACCCAUGUGUCAUGUUCUAUAGCAGCAACCCUGGUGAGAAGGUGAAAAUUUGUGACAUGCAGAUGCGUGGCACACCACGGGAUUUACUUCCAGGAGACCCUAUUUGUAGUCCAGUAGCAGCAGUGCUAGCCGAGGCCACUAUUCAGCUUAUCCGUAUCCUUCACCGAACAGACCGUUGGACUUACUGCAUUAACAAAAAGAUGAUGGAAAGGCUACAUAAAAUUAAGAUAUGUAUUAAAGAGUCAGGUCAGAAGCUAAAGAAAAGCCGCUCGGUUCAGAGCCGAGAGGAAAAUGAAAUGAGAGAGGAGAAAGAGAACAAAGAAGAAGAAAAAGGUAAACAUAAUAGGCACGGUCUUGCUGACCUCUCAGAGCCGCAGCUGAGGACUCUUUGCAUAGAGGUGUGGCCUGUGCUGGCAGUGAUAGGAGGAGUUGAUGCUGGUCUUAGAGUUGGAGGUCGGUGUGUUCACAAGCAAACUGGGCGCCAUGCCACGCUGCUGGGAGUGGUCAAGGAAGGCAGCACCUCUGCCAAGGUCCAGUGGGACGAAGCAGAAAUCACCAUCAGCUUCCCAACUUUUUGGUCGCCUAGUGAUACUCCAUUGUAUAACCUGGAACCCUGUGAACCACUGCUGUUUGAUGUGGCGCGAUUCCGAGGCCUGACAGCUUCUGUGCUGCUGGACCUAACAUAUCUGACAGGCAUUCAUGAAGAUGUGGGGAAACAGAGCAUCAAACGACAUGAAAAGAAACACCGUCAUGAGUCUGAGGAAAAGGGGGAAACUGAGCAGAAACCUGAGAGUGAAUCCAUUUUAGAUGUACGGACAGGGUUGAUGUCUGAUGAUGUCAAAAGUCAGGGUACCACAAGCUCCAAAUCAGAAAAUGAAAUAGCUUCAUUUUCUUUAGAACCAACACUGCCAGGUGUGGAAUCCCAACAUCAAGUAACAGAAGGAAAGAGGAAAAAUCAUGAACAUACAUCUAAAACGCACGACAUAGCUCAGUCAGAAAUCCGAGCAGUCCAGCUUUCCUAUCUCUACCUCGGUGCUAUGAAGUCACUCAGUGCUCUCCUUGGCUGUAGUAAAUAUGCUGAGCUCUUGCUGAUUCCAAAAGUUCUAGCUGAAAAUGGCCACAACUCAGACUGUGCGAGCUCUCCAGUUGUUCAUGAGGAUGUGGAGAUGCGUGCUGCUCUACAGUUCCUGAUGCGGCACAUGGUGAAGCGAGCAGUCAUGCGGUCACCCAUAAAGCGAGCGUUGGGGUUAGCUGACCUGGAACGGGCUCAAGCUAUGAUUUACAAACUAGUGGUCCAUGGGCUUUUGGAAGACCAGUUUGGGGGCAAAAUUAAGCAAGAGAUGGAUCAACAAGCUGAAGAAAGUGACCAAGCCCAGCAAGCACAGACACCAGUUACCACCAGCCCCUCAGCGUCCAGCACGACUUCCUUUAUGAGCAGCUCCCUUGAGGACACCACAACUGCCACCACUCCUGUCACUGACACAGAAACGGUGCCUGCAUCUGAGUCUCCAGGAGUGAUGCCACUUAGUCUUCUCAGGCAAAUGUUCUCCAGUUAUCCAACCACCACUGUGCUUCCUACACGUCGUGCACAGACUCCUCCAAUAUCAUCAUUACCAACCUCUCCUUCAGAUGAAGUAGGAAGGAGGCAAAGUUUAACUUCUCCUGAUUCCCAGUCUACAAGGCCAGCUAACCGCACAGCCUUGUCAGACCCCAGCAGCAGACUUUCCACCUCUCCUCCUCCCCCAGCAAUUGCAGUCCCUUUGCUGGAAAUGGGCUUCUCUCUCCGACAGAUUGCCAAAGCCAUGGAAGCUACAGGUGCUCGAGGAGAAGCUGAUGCCCAGAAUAUCACUGUUCUUGCUAUGUGGAUGAUUGAGCACCCUGGGCAUGAGGAUGAAGAGGAGCCCCAGCCAAGCAGCACAGCAGACUCCAGACAUGGAACAACAGUUCUGGGAAGUGGUGGGAAGUCAAAUGAUCCCUGUUAUUUGCAGUCACCAGGAGACAUACCAUCAGCUGAUGCUGCUGAAAUGGAGGAAGGCUUUAGUGAAAGCCCUGAUAAUCUGGAUCAUACAGAGAAUGCAGCUUCUGGAAGUGGACCACCAGCUAGAGGCCGAUCAACAGUAACAAGAAGGCACAAGUUUGACUUAGCAGCUCGCACAUUGCUUGCAAGAGCAGCGGGGUUAUACCGCUCUGUGCAGGCUCACAGGAAUCAAAGUCGGAGAGAAGGAAUAUCUUUGCAGCAAGACCCAGGGGCGUUGUAUGACUUUAAUUUAGAUGAGGAAUUGGAAAUUGAUCUUGAUGAUGAAGCAAUGGAAGCUAUGUUUGGACAAGACCUGACCAGUGACAAUGAUAUUCUGGGAAUGUGGAUCCCAGAGGUACUGGAUUGGCCUACCUGGCAUGUUUGUGAGUCUGAAGACAGGGAAGAAGUGGUGGUGUGUGAAUUGUGUGAAUGCAACGUCGUCAGCUUCAAUCAGCACAUGAAGAGAAACCACCCUGGCUGUGGGCGCAGUGCAAACCGCCAAGGUUACAGAAGCAAUGGCUCCUAUGUGGAUGGCUGGUUUGGUGGUGAAUGUGGGAGUGGAAAUCCAUACUACCUGCUGUGUGGCAGCUGCAGGGAGAAGUACUUAGCGCUGAAGACCAAAACCAAGACUACAAAUUCUGAAAGGUACAAGGGACAAGCUCCAGAUCUAAUUGGCAAGCAGGACAGUGUGUAUGAAGAAGAUUGGGACAUGUUAGAUAUUGAUGAAGAUGAAAAAUUAACAGGUGAAGAAGAAUUUGAAUUGCUUGCUGGACCACUUGGUUUAAAUGACCGGCGCAUUGUGCCAGAACCAGUUCAGUUCCCUGACAGUGAUCCACUGGGAGCAUCAGUAGCAAUGGUCACAGCUACCAACAGUAUGGAAGAGACUCUGAUGCAAAUUGGUUGCCAUGGCUCCGUGGAAAAGAGUUCCUCUGGAAGAGUGACACUAGGAGAGCAGGCAGCAGCCCUCGCAAACCCUCACGACCGGGUGGUGGCUUUAAAGAGAGUGACCGCUGCAGCUCAAGUCCUUCUGGCCAGAACCAUGGUCAUGCGAGCACUGUCUCUCCUCUCAGUCAGUGGUUCCAGUUGUAGCCUGGCUGCCGGUCUUGAGUCUCUGGGGUUAACAGAUAUCCGUACGCUGGUUCGGUUAAUGUGCUUAGCUGCAGCAGGGAGAGCUGGCCUUUCCACCAGCCCUUCUGCCAUGGCAAGUACCUCAGAACGUUCACGAGGUGGGCACAGCAAGGCCAGCAAGCCCAUUUCUUGCCUGGCCUACCUGAGCACAGCAGUGGGCUGCCUGGCCUCGAACACUCCAAGUGCUGCCAAGCUGCUGGUACAGCUGUGUACACAGAACUUGAUUUCUGCUGCAACAGGUGUCAAUCUCACCACAGUGGAUGAUCCAAUUCAGCGGAAGUUUCUACCCAGCUUUCUCCGUGGAAUUGCCGAAGAAAACAAGCUUGUAACCUCCCCAAACUUUGUUGUCACGCAAGCCCUUGUGGCGUUAUUGGCAGACAAAGGGGCCAAACUGAGACCUAACUAUGAUAAGUCAGAAGUAGAAAAGAAAGGUUUUAUUGCCCAAUUGUAUGCCCAUCCUUCCUAUGAUCCUUCUGCUGUAGGCCCUCUGGAGCUGGCCAAUGCCCUGGCAGCCUGCUGCCUCUCCUCUAGGCUGUCCUCACAGCAUAGGCAAUGGGCUGCUCAACAACUUGUGCGCACUCUUGCUGCACAUGACCGUGACAACCAGACUGCUCCACAAACACUCGCUGAUAUGGGAGGAGAUCUCAGAAAAUGCUCUUUUAUCAAGUUGGAGGCUCAUCAAAACAGAGUAAUGACAUGUGUUUGGUGUAAUAAAAAAGGCCUGCUGGCUACAAGUGGCAACGAUGGCACUAUUCGGGUGUGGAAUGUCACCAAGAAGCAGUACUCACUGCAACAGACCUGUGUAUUCAAUAGACUGGAAGGGGAUGCUGAGGAAAGCCUUGGAUCACCCAGCGACCCAAGCUUCUCACCGGUUUCCUGGAGUAUCAGUGGCAAAUACCUUGCUGGGGCUUUGGAAAAGAUGGUGAACAUCUGGCAAGUAAAUGGAGGAAAAGGAUUAGUAGAUAUUCAGCCUCACUGGGUGUCUGCCCUGGCUUGGCCAGAAGAAGGUCCAACUACAGCCUGGUCUGGAGAGUCUCCAGAGUUAUUGCUGGUGGGACGGAUGGAUGGGUCUCUAGGAUUGAUCGAAGUUGUUGACGUGUCCACUAUGCACCGCCGAGAACUGGAACACUGCUAUCGAAAGGAUGUAUCUGUCACUUGCAUUGCCUGGUUCAGUGAAGACAGACCGUUUGCAGUAGGAUAUUUUGAUGGAAAAUUGUUAAUGGGAACAAAAGAACCACUUGAGAAAGGAGGCAUUGUUCUUAUUGAUGCACAUAAGGAGACUCUUGUUAGUAUGAAAUGGGACCCAACAGGCCAUAUUCUUAUGACAUGUGCCAAAGAAGAAACUGUGAAACUCUGGGGGCCGGUUUCAGGAUGCUGGCGCUGUCUGCAUUCACUCUGUCAUCCAUCCACUGUAAAUGGUAUCGCCUGGUGUAGCCUUCCAGGGAAAGGAGCCAAGUUGCAGUUACUGAUGGCCACUGGCUGUCAGAAUGGCUUAGUGUGUGUUUGGCGUAUUCCACAAGAUACCACACAGACCAGUAUGAGUAGCUCAGAAGGAUGGUGGGACCAGGAAUCAAAUUGUCAGGAUGGCUGUAGGAAAUCGGCAGGAGCCAAGUGUGUUUAUCAGCUGCGGGGACACAUCACUCCUGUUCGGACUGUGGCCUUCAGUUCUGAUGGGUUGGCCUUGGUGUCUGGUGGACUUGGAGGGCUUAUGAACAUUUGGUCUUUAAGGGAUGGCUCUGUCUUACAAACUGUUGUGAUAGGCUCUGGAGCUAUUCAGACCACAGUAUGGAUUCCAGAAGUUGGGGUAGCUGCCUGCUCAAAUAGAUCAAAGGAUGUUUUGGUUGUGAACUGUACAGCAGAAUGGGCUUCUGCCAAUCAUGUUUUAGCAACCUGUAGGACAGCCCUGAAACAACAGGGUGUUCUAGGGUUAAACAUGGCUCCCUGCAUGAGAGCAUUUCUGGAGCGGCUACCCAUGAUGCUUCAAGAGCAAUAUGCUUAUGAAAAGCCUCAUGUGGUUUGUGGCGACCAGCUUGUUCACAGCCCCUACAUGCAGUGUCUGGCUUCCCUUGCUGUGGGCCUUCAUCUGGAUCAGCUGUUGUGUAGUCCUCCAGUGCCACCACACCAUCAGAACUGCCUCCCUGACCCUGCAUCCUGGAAUCCUAAUGAGUGGGCCUGGUUAGAAUGCUUCUCAACCACAAUCAAGGCUGCAGAAGCCCUGACCAAUGGAGCACAGUUUCCAGAGUCAUUUACUGUCCCAGAUCUAGAGCCUGUGCCCGAGGAUGAGCUAGUACUCCUCAUGGAUAACAGCAAGUGGAUCAAUGGCAUGGAUGAACAAAUUAUGUCUUGGGCAACUUCCAGGCCUGAGGACUGGCACCUGGGAGGUAAAUGUGAUGUCUACUUAUGGGGUGCUGGCAGGCAUGGACAGCUGGCCGAAGCGGGAAGAAAUGUAAUGGUACCAGCCACUGCUCCUUCAUUCUCACAGGCCCAACAGGUUAUAUGUGGUCAGAACUGUACCUUUGUCAUCCAGGCCAAUGGCACAGUGUUGGCCUGUGGGGAAGGAAGCUAUGGCAGAUUAGGGCAAGGAAAUUCAGAUGACCUUCAUGUACUGACUGUUAUUUCAGCCCUGCAAGGCUUUGUGGUGACUCAGCUGGUGACUUCCUGUGGCUCUGAUGGGCACUCAAUGGCCCUGACAGAAAGUGGUGAAGUCUUCAGCUGGGGAGACGGAGACUACGGCAAACUUGGCCAUGGGAACAGUGACAGGCAACGGCGGCCAAGGCAGAUCGAGGCCUUACAAGGAGAAGAAGUGGUACAGAUGUCUUGUGGCUUCAAGCAUUCAGCAGUAGUAACAUCAGAUGGCAAACUCUUCACUUUUGGGAAUGGUGACUAUGGUCGUCUGGGUCUUGGAAACACCUCUAACAAAAAACUUCCAGAGAGAGUGACUGCGCUGGAGGGAUAUCAGAUUGGACAGGUGGCCUGUGGGCUGAACCACACCUUGGCAGUGUCAGCCGAUGGCUCCAUGGUGUGGGCAUUUGGAGAUGGAGACUAUGGAAAACUGGGCUUAGGAAAUUCCACUGCAAAAUCCUCCCCGCAGAAAGUUGAUAUCCUUUGCGGAAUUGGAAUUAAAAAGGUUGCUUGUGGAACUCAGUUCUCUGUGGCUUUGACCAAGGAUGGUCAUGUGUAUACUUUUGGUCAAGACCGCUUGAUAGGCUUGCCUGAGGGGCGUGCCCGUAAUCACAAUCGACCCCAGCAAAUCCCUGUCCUAGCUGGAGUGGUCAUUGAAGACGUGGCAGUAGGAGCUGAACACACACUUGCUUUGGCAUCAACUGGAGAUGUUUAUGCCUGGGGGAGCAAUUCAGAAGGGCAGCUUGGCCUAGGCCACACCAACCAUGUUCGAGAACCAACCCUGAUAACAGUUCUGCAAGGGAAAAACAUCCGUCAGAUCUCAGCUGGCCGUUGUCACAGUGCCGCAUGGACAGCACCACCUGUUCCACCAAGAGCACCAGGUGUGUCAGUGCCUCUCCAGCUGGGCCUGCCUGACACAGUGCCCCCGCAGUACGGGGCACUGAGAGAGGUGAGCAUCCACACUGUGCGGGCCAGGCUCCGGCUGCUCUACCACUUCUCUGACCUCAUGUACUCAUCGUGGAGGCUGCUGAAUCUCAGCCCCAACAACCAGAACAGCACAUCUCAUUACAAUGCUGGAACGUGGGGCAUUGUGCAGGGCCAACUGCGACCUCUGUUAGCUCCAAGAGUCUACACGCUCCCCAUGGUACGCUCCAUAGGGAAAACCAUGGUUCAAGGCAAAAAUUACGGGCCUCAGAUUACUGUCAAGAGAAUAUCAACCAGAGGUCGGAAGUGUAAGCCCAUCUUUGUUCAAAUAGCAAGACAAGUGGUAAAGCUAAAUGCAUCAGACCUCCGUCUACCCUCCCGAGCAUGGAAGGUUAAGCUGGUUGGAGAAGGGGCUGAUGAUGCUGGAGGAGUAUUUGAUGACACCAUCACAGAGAUGUGCCAGGAACUUGAAACUGGUGUCGUUGACCUUCUCAUCCCGUCUCCUAAUGCUACUGCAGAAGUUGGUUACAAUAGGGACCGGUUCCUUUUUAACCCCUCUGCCUGCCUUGAUGAACACUUAAUGCAGUUCAAGUUCUUGGGAAUUUUAAUGGGGGUUGCCAUUCGGACCAAAAAGCCUCUGGACCUUCACCUGGCGCCUCUGGUAUGGAAGCAGCUGUGCUGUGUUCCACUCACCCUGGAGGACCUGGAGGAGGUGGAUCUGCUCUACGUGCAGACCCUUAACAGCAUCCUUCACAUUGAAGACAGUGGCAUUACUGAGGAGAGUUUCCAUGAGAUGAUUCCUCUUGAUUCUUUUGUUGGCCAGAGUGCUGAUGGCAAAAUGGUUCCCAUAAUCCCUGGUGGAAAUAGUAUCCCACUCACAUUUUCCAAUAGGAAGGAGUAUGUGGAAAGGGCCAUUGAGUAUCGACUGCAUGAGAUGGACCGUCAGGUGGCUGCAGUUCGGGAAGGGAUGUCCUGGAUUGUCCCUGUGCCGCUGCUGUCCCUCCUCACGGCCAAGCAGCUGGAGCAGAUGGUGUGUGGGAUGCCUGAGAUCUGUGUGGAAGUCCUGAAGAAGGUGGUGCGCUACCGCGAGGUGGACGAGCAGCACCAGCUGGUGCAGUGGCUCUGGCGCACGCUCGAGGAGUUCUCCAACGAGGAGCGGGUGCUCUUCAUGCGCUUUGUGUCUGGGCGCUCCCGGCUGCCGGCCAACACGGCCGACAUUUCUCAGAGGUUUCAAAUCAUGAAGGUCGAUAGGCCUUAUGACAGUCUGCCUACCUCACAGACCUGCUUCUUCCAGCUGCGGCUGCCCCCCUAUUCCAGCCAGCUGGUCAUGGCGGAGCGCCUGCGCUAUGCCAUCAACAACUGCCGUUCAAUUGACAUGGACAACUACAUGCUCUCGAGAAACGUGGACAACGCCGAGGGCUCUGACACUGACUACUGACGCCUGAGGGCGCUGUCACCCUUUCUCCAUAAUGCUCACUUCCGAUUGAUGUUGGUACACUUCCGUGGUGACUGCUAGAUGUUUUAGGAGCAUAAGCCGACAUAAACAGUGGCCACAUUUAGUUACUUCAAAUGAAACAAAAAACUAGAUGUUUUUAUUUUUCUGUGAUUGUACAAAAACAAAAGCAGAAACUGCUCAGUCAGGUUUCCCUCUGUAUUUUUGGUCACUUUGGAUAAGUUUGCAUGGAACCAUUUUGGUGCAUUUUUAGUUGGGAAUGAUACAUUUUUGUAAGCUCACCCAGUGAACAUGAAAUUGUACAUUGUGUAUAAUUGUUCAUUAGAAAGGACAGUUUUACAUGAAUAUUCAUAUAUUUAUUUUGUUUUAGUUUGAUUCGCCUGUGCAGGGUUCCUUAUGCAGAGAAAUAAAGCAGAUUCAGGAAUCAGA